CGGGCGUGCAGUACGCUGAGAUCCUGUGCGAGAGCAGAAGGCUGUCAACGGUCUCUGUUCAGUGUUAGACAUAUUUGUUCAGUACAAGAUAUUUAACAGUAGCUGCUGUGUGUUUCUGUGAGGUUAUGGGUAGGGCGCCGCUGUGAGGGAGGGCCGAGCACAACUACUUGUCAUUUUGUCCACGGAAAUAAUGAUGAAGAAGGAUAUUAACUUGAGCCUGGCGGACGAGGCAGACCUCAAACCGCAUCUCCGCGACGCCGAGAGCAUCCUCAGCUCCCCGGACCUCGGGCUGCUCAAACUGGCCUCCCCGGAGCUGGAGAGGCUUAUCAUCCAGUCCAACGGAAUGGUCACCACGACACCGACCAGCUCCCAGUUCCUCUACCCGAAGACGGUGACAGACGAGCAGGAAUUCGCGGAGGGCUUCGUGAAGGCGCUGGAGGACUUACACAAGCAGAACCAGCUGAGCGGAGCCGGGCAGACGAACAGCAGCCUGGACCUGGGCGCUAACAUCGCCCCGGUCACCGUUCAGCCGGACCUACCGGUGUACACGAACUUGAACAGUUACGGCAGCGGGCCACUGGAAACCACUGUCAACUACUCCACAGACACGGUCCCUUUCCCGCCUCCUCCGUCGCAUCAUUUGGGGACAGCCCCGCCGCAGCCGGAGCUGUCUCGGGUCCAGCCGCUGAAGGAGGAGCCUCAGACGGUCCCGGACGUUCAGAGCUUCGGGGAGAGCCCGCCGCUGUCUCCCAUCGACAUUGACUCACAGGAGCGCAUGAAAGCCGAGAGGAAGAGGCUCAGGAACCGGAUUGCAGCCUCCAAGUGUCGGAUGCGCAAGCUGGAGCGGAUCUCCAGGCUGGAGGACAAGGUCAAAUCUCUGAAAAGCCACAACACGGAUCUGGCCUCCACGGCUAGCCUGCUCAGAGAUCAGGUGGCCCAGCUGAAACAGAAAGUCCUCACCCAUGUUAACAGCGGCUGCCAGCUGCUGCCACACGAAGUACAAGUACACUAGUCGGAGGUGCUGACCUGCAGUGGGGCUACUGACCAGCAUAUAAGCUUCAUGGACAAACUUAAUGUUGGUUAUUCUGUAUGUAGCGUAGCCCAGAUGUGUGCUGUUGCCAGGAGAAUGAAGGGUGCCAGGCUAUGUAGGCCAGAUGGUACAUUAAAAAUCGGCUUUUUAAAUGGCUUUGAGCAUCGGUGAUAUGUAAAAAUACAUGGUAGAACACAAUUCAAGAUAAUGUGUGACGAGACUCUUCUGAUGUUAUCGGCUAGACAUUUCAUUCGUAAAGCAAUUUACAUGAUCCACCUUGUCGCCUCCGCCCAGUUGAGACCACACUUUGGUAUCAGUCACUUCAUUUAAACAUAAAUAAUCACGAAUUGGCUUAUUGGAUUAAUGCCGAAUUGAAGAUCGUUGGCCUGCAAUAUGAUCUGUGUAUUAAAUCCUGUUCUACCUCGUAUACAUGUGUCCUGGUGAACAAAGCAGCAUUAAACUGCAGUUCUUUUCAAUGGACAUUGGCCAUGAUGACAGAAAGAGGCGCUUAUUGGGACUAUAUGCUCAACUUCAUUACAGAAUGGACAUAUCCAGAUAUUUUUUUCUUGUAAAAAUGUUUACAGACUGGCUUUAAAUAUAUACAGUCUCAAACCUGGACCAAACAUAUUUAAAGUAUUUCUACAGUGAUAUAACAUUUAUGACAUAUAUCCUUAAUAUAUGAGGAAUUGGCUGUAAGAUAUAAAAAAAAUGCAUAUACACUCGCAUCUACCAUUUAUUUAUGUAGGGGACAAUUUGCAUGUUGUUUACAUACUCGAAUGUUGCCCACAGCUGGGUGUCAAAGGGUGCAAUUAAUCAGUGUUUAUAAUCUUUGCUCUUUACAAACACAUGUAUUAAUCUUUUUUUUAAGAACUCUACUGUGUCCCUAUUUCACUGUGUUCUUGUUUCAGUGUGAGGAGUUGUAAUGUUUUUGUUGCACUGACUGUUGCUGUCACCUCCAGCCUACAGUUGUUUGGCUGUAUGCUGCUGUGUUCUGAAUUAAAUGCUGCUUGGCAAUAA